GUCUGGUCCAAAGAACACCACUGCAUGGGUGCAGAACUGAUCAGCAACAACCAAAGGGGCAGUACUUGAGAGGAAAGACACCAUGAGCAAUGAAGAGAGAGCAAUUAAGGGUUUCUGCAAAUGGUUAUGAAGUACAUUCUAAAUCCUAGUGAAUAUCUACAUGACCGGCAAGUCAAAACGCCAAUGCAAACGACACUUACGAGAAAUGGAGAGACCUACCAAGCAGCAGAUACAAAAAAUAGAGACUCAGGAGAUCCUCACAGAUGAUUAUGCGAUGGCAGAUUUUUCUCUUCCACCAUUAAGACCACCAGGAAAACCAUCAUCAGUGGUCAAUGUGCAUCUUCCAAAAGUGAAAAUAUCAACAAGACAAACAGCAGCAUCUUCAUCAAACAUAGUAACUUCUUCCUUCCAUCCAAUCAGAAGUCCAAACAAACAUAUAUCAUCACCUUCCCCAAUGACAAAUCCUGCUUUUCUUCCUCCACUGAAUCUUUCAAGUAAGAAAAUAGGGAAAAACAAUGCUCUCCCUCCACUGAAUGCUGCAGUCAAACAAACAGAAGCAACACAAGAAGAAUUUUAUUUGCAGAUGAACAAGGCAAUUCAGGAGCUGCUGUUUCUUGCAGCUAUUUCCAACUCUGGCCUUUUAAUCUACCCCCCUUCACUACCUGCUGUGAACACAACAGGAAUUCAGCUCACUGCAGCAGGCAGGGGAAGGAGAAAAGACAAAAGGACUAGGUGGAAGAAGGAACAGUUGCUGAGUCUUUGCAUCAGCAGACAAUUUAAAGGUAUUGGGUCAAUUUCUGAGUCUCAGCCUGGCAGCCCACCAGCUAUGUAUGGAGGUCAACCAAUAAACACCCUUAAAAAAACAGCAAGGGAAUGA